AUUGGACACGGCCCAUUCUCAAAACAAAACAAAUCACAGAAAUCCACCAGUCUUCGAAGUCAUGCACUUGGGCUACCUGGCAAUACUCACCAUACUCAGGCUGCUGCAAGGUCGCUGCAAGGUCGAAAGCCGCCUGCCGCGGUGGGUGGUGCCGCUGCACUACCGCCUGGACAUCGUGACGCGGAUCAACCAGCCGUACCAGCCCUUCGGCGGUACGGCUACCAUUGAGCUGCGUUCGGAGCGGGCCACCAAGAGCCUGGUGCUGAACUCGCGGGAUCUGGAGAUCGGCAAGCGACGGUCCACGACCUUGGCGGUUAAGGGGGGCAAGGCUGUGCCGGCUGCCAGGGUGGACCUAAACACCAAACUGAACCGCAUGACUGUGCACCUGACGAGCGCUCUCAAGAUCAACACCACCUACGUCCUCAAGGUGGACUUCACCAGUGUCCUGAGGCGCGACAAUACCGGAUUCUACAGCAGCUCCUACGUGGACCACAACACCACGCUGGCCCAGUGGCUGGCCGCCACCCAAUUUGAGCCCAAUCACGCCCGCGCGGCAUUCCCCUGCUUCGACGAUCCCAUUUUCCGGACUCCGUUCAAGAUCAAUCUGGCCCAUCCGCAUCAGUAUCGCGCCCUGUCCAACAUGCCCGUGCGGCGGACCAUCCGCCACGCCAGCCUGAAGGACUUCGUGUGGACGCAGUUCCUGGAGAGCCAGCCGAUGCAGACGUACCUGGUGGCCUUCUCGAUCAGCAAGUUCGAGCGGCCGGGCUUCACGUCCCAGGAGCGACCGAACUGCCCGAUCAGCACGUGGGCCCGCCCGGACGCCCUCUCGCAGACGAAGUUCGCCAACAUGGUGGUGGCGCCACUGCUCUCCUUCUACGAGGAGCUCUUCAACAGCACCUUUCGGCAGCAGAAGAUCGACCAGAUUGCCCUGCCGGAAUUUGCCUUCGGGGCCAAGGAGAACUGGGGACUGCCCACCUUCUCCGAGGAGUCCAUCCUGUACGACAGCCGGCGGAGCUCGAUGUCCGACCAGCAGGGCGUGGCACGGGCGGUGGCCGUGACGGUGGUGCACCAGUGGUUCGGCAACCUCGUCUCCGUGUCCUGGUGGCACGAGAUGUGGCUGAAGAACGCCUUCGCGCUGUUCCUGUCCCGCUUCGGCGUGGAGGCACUGCGUCCGGAGUGGGCCUACCGGGAGCGGCAUGCCCUGCAUCUCUACCUGAUGGUGCUCGACUACGACGCCCAUAUGAACACCGGCCUGGUGGCGGCGCUGGUGCCGGACGAGGCGCACCUCUGGGCGGCCUACAGCGAGAUCGGGGAACAGAAGGCCACCGUGCUCUUCGACAUGCUGCACCGCAUCAUGGGCGAGGAGGCCUGGCUGAUGGGCCUGCGCCGCUACCUGGCGCUGUAUGCCAACCGCAGUGCCACCUCGUCGGACUUCUGGGACGUCCUGCAGCUGCAGGUGGACCGCAACGGUCGGCUGGGCAAGGGGCUGAACAUCACCCGCAUCAUGGAGUCGUGGCUGCACCAGCCGGGCUAUCCCCUGCUCACCGUCACCCGCAACUAUGCGGACCGCUCGGCUCUGGUGCACCAGCAGCGGUUCUUCAUCAGUCCGCAGUUCAGGCAGCGGGCGCCGAAGGAUCCGUGCUGGUGGGUACCGCUCAGCCACAGCUGCCCCCAGUGCCUGCAGCUUAACAUGACCAUGAGCUACGACCCCUGGCUCACAUGCCCGAUUUCGGGGCCCUCGAACCGCAUCGUACCCGUCCGGCUGGAGAAACUGACAGCCGGACCCGGCGACUGGCUGCUGCUCAAUGUCCUACACUCGGCUCCGUUGCGGGUCAACUACGACUUGCGCAACUGGCAGCUGCUCAACGCAACGCUAUCCCAUCCCACCAAGUUUCGGCUGAUCAACCGCGUGAACCGCGCCCAACUGGUGGACAACCUCUUCAGCCUGGCCUGGAGCGGCGUGAUGGAGUACCCCAUGGCCCUGGGCAUCCUCGGCUACCUGAAGCACGAGGACGAGUACGUGGUGUGGGCCGCCACCAGGGUCAGCUUCGAGCGGAUCAACAACGUGGCCAAGCAGAACCACAACUACCGCGUGUUCAAGACCUUCAUGCGCAUCCUGCUGGAGCGCCAGUUCGUGCGGCUGCUCUCCUCGGACCUGUCGCACAACUCCGGGAACAUGAGCCACCGGCCGGUGAUCCUGCGUCUGGCCUGCCAGUACGAGCUGCCCGCCUGCGUGAGCCUGGCCCGCCGCGAAUUCGUGAAGGGGACGCCGGCAAAGGCCGGCUGGAUGACCAUCCGCGAACGGGAGACGGUCUUCUGCACGGCGGUCAAGUUCGGCACCGAGGCGGACCGGGACGCCGUGGAGUUGAUGUACCAGCGCUCGAACUCCGCCGCCGAGCAGGAGUCGCUGCUGACCGCCUUGGCCUGUUCGCGCAACACCUUCGCCUUGGAGCGGGUCCUCAAGUGGACCUUCGAGAGUGUGGGCGUGCGCAGGCACAACGCGAGGCGCACCUUCAAGGCGGUGGUCGCCAACACAGUGGGCUACGGGCUGGCCAUGAAGUAUGUGAGCGCCAAUGUGGAGCUCAUACGUAACUACUGCAGCAACUCCACCAACAAGGUGGUCGAUCUCAUGAGGCCGCUGGCCGAAUGCCUGUCCACGCCGAAAGAGCUGAGCUUCAUCAGCGAAUUCUUCAAGACGAUCCUGAAGGAUAUGCAUGGCAUGAAGCGGCUAACCAAGAUCCUGCUGGAACGGGGCAGUGACAACAUCCACUGGCAGCGCACCAAGUUCCGGCCAAUGAUGAGGGCCAUCCGGGACAUUAUCACCUGGCGGAGACCUAAAAACGCAACGGGCACUUAGAGGAGAGUGAAUAAAAGAUAAAAUGAAAUAAAUCUAAUCGAAUGGCCAGCUACAGAUUUAGUGCUUACAUGUUUGCCAAACAUUGUAGUUAAUUUAAGUUUUAGCCGUUGAUUUUUAAAUCUUCAUGGAAGAUUUCUUUCAAAAUAAAUUUAAGAUUUUAACAAGUGAAGUGAUAAGUGAAUAAUAAGACUACGUUUAACAACAUUGGUAUGAGAAAUCAGUGUGUGGCACUAAAAAUCUUUGAAUUGUUUGAAAAGAAACAUUCGAUAGAAAAAUAGCAACUAAAUAUCUGAAUUUAAUCACUACUAUUAUAUAUAAGAUUUUUUUUGACUUUGAGGUCCAUUAAUGAAUUCGCUAACGUGGUGGAAAAUGCGACAUCUGCACACCGAAAUGUAAUAGAAAAGUAUUUUUG